AUGACCGCGGGCGGGGUCGACGACGCGGAGGUUGCGGCGGUGCAUCGCGAGUCCAUCGAGGCCGAGAAGGCGGUGGUGGAUGCCCUCCGCAAGGACGGCACGUUCGAGCGCGUGCGCAAGGCGCUCAUCGCGCGGUGCGUCGCCGACGGCGGGGUCCGCGCCAAGGUGGCCGAGUUGGUGGACGCGAGCGAGACGCUGCGACAGCGCGGCGCCGCGGGAGCCAAGUUCGACGAGCUGGUGGAUCGCCUGCGGGAGGAGGUGGAGAAGGACGUGAUGGGCGCGUUCGCGGACAAGGCGUGGGAGCUGAUGACGGACGAGCGCGGGGAGGUCGGGGGCAUGAUCGCCGAGGCGGUCGAGAAGAGACUCGGCGAGCGAUGA